CUUCUCUUCUCUCCAGUUCAACGUCAACUUGUUCGUUAAUUGUUUGACACAUCUUCUAAAAAAGAAUAUACCAAGGUCUGAACUAAGUGACUCAUUGCUUAACUAUUCGAGAACAUAGGCAGAACGGAUGGACAGCGGCUUUCGAUCCCAUCGCCGCGGCGCAUCCGCGCGCCUUCGCAAGACGUUUCGGUACCCAAGUGAAGAUGAGGCCGAUGACGAAAAUGCGCUCGAGGUUAUGGACGAGCAAGAACAAGAAUCCCUCAUCACAACUCUCACCACCCAAAACUCCCAACGCAACUCCCAAUUCCGCUCACUCCUCUUGCUCAUUCCCGCCAUCGCUUCAGUUCCUUACUUCCUCGUCCUUUUCUUGUCGCCUCCUGCCUCUUCCUCUUCUCCUUCCCAUUUCCCUUCUUCACAUGGAACAACAAAAACAUCAUCAACAAAAACAACAACAGCAAUCUUCUCCCUCCUCGCUCUUACCUCCCUAGCCGCCACGACGUUCAUCACGGUCAAACUACCUCCUACCAAGACUGGACUAUCCAUUGUCGACUCUCUGGCUUCUUCUUCUUCUUCUUCAGCCACUACAAAGAAGAAAAAUAAGAGGCUUCCCAACCAGUACGGGGCUGGCGGCGUUCUUACACCCUCGCCGUUGGAGACGUGGUUACCGUAUCUAAACGUGGGGUUGUGUGUAUUGGUGCUGUUGACUGGUCUUGUCACUGGUGGGGCCCAGGGAGUAAAUGCUGUGGGAAAGGUAUAUCUCGCGGCGUUGCCGGGGGUGAUAUAUGCGGCGACAGUGGCGGCCAAGGUGGUUAUGGCGGGGGUGGAUCCGGAGGGGGAGUUGGGCGGGUUGAGGUAUAGGUAUAAGGGUGCUUAGGUGGAUUGAUAAGGUCUUGGAAAGAGAGAGAGAGAGAAGGGGGGGGGGGCUUGGAAAUGGUCUAUCUGUGGGUGUUCUUGUCGAAGGGGGUAUGGGUAGAGAGGGUCCGGGGUGCGAGGGUAAACGGAUCAGGAAGAGGAUUUAGACGGGGGAGGCCCAAGCGAGGCAAUGAGAGGGAUUAUGAUGGGGAGAAUGCAUGAACAUGUGGAAUGGAAGGGGUUUACAAGAAUAGGUACAGGGGAUGGAUGGAAGAUGAAAACUGAAACCUCGACGAGAUUGCGCUGCCUUAACUUGGAAGAGAGACGUCCUGGUAAUGCAAGGUAGCUAGGGCAAUAUGUUCAAGGCAUUUGUGUCCCUCGGCUGGUCCAUGGGCAGAAUGAGACAGGAUUUUGGU